AUGUUUGCGGCGAGUGCGUUCGUAGACACAAGUACUCUACAAGCGGCUGGGUAUCGGUUUCGAAGUGACUUGAGGAGGGAACUCUUCUACAAAGCGAAGACAAUCUACGAAAGCGAACUAGAGGCAGACUCUACCGUUCAAAUCCAAGCACUCCUCUUAAUCAGCGACUGGCACGACGGAGCGAAUGCCCCCAAGGAUCCCGCCUACUGGAUGAGUCUGGCGAUAUCCACAGCGCACCGACUCGGCCUGCAUAAACAGGCAUACGACGGGCUUGACAGGGUCCGCAGACGGCUAUUGUGGUGCAUUUACGCCCAGGAUAUCCGAGUUAGUCUCAAACUUCGCCGUCCCAGACAACUCAAGGAUGCCAGCGUCAUGACUGAUUCCCUCCAAGAAGAGGACCUAGACAUGGGGCCUAUGGAUGAUCGAGUCCGAUCCGAAUUUUCGGAGUGUGUCGAGCUGUUCAAUCCUGGGAAUUCACGAUGGCUGCAUAGAGUAUAUCUGCACAGCAUCAAUCUAUGCGUGCAGAUCGGCCAUGUACUGGAUACCUUCUACACCCCAUCGUGGACCCGAAACGCCUUCACCGAGUCCCCCGUGAUACUUGUCCCGCGAAGGCCACACUCAGUCCGAAUGGAUCUCCAAGCGGAGCAAGCCUUCGACGACCUAGCGGCCGUAUAUGCAGUCUUCUCUCGGGAAGAAAGCCUCCAACACGCAAAUAGACAGGCCGAAAUUGGGUCUCUCGGCCUCAGCCUCGCGAUGCAAAAAGCCGAGCUCAAUAUCACGUACCACUUGGCCCAGUGUAUCCUGUUACACGCACUACUAUUUCCCUCUCGCUCACUCCCAUCCUCUCCCUGGAAGGAAAGGCUCCGUCGUGCGACGGACAACCUGACCUCGAGUCUGCGAUCGCUCUGCGACUCUCGUCCUGGGGCGGGUUUCCCCAGUAUCUGCCUUCCGGCCGUUUCGCUCAUCACGGCCACCCGUGUGCUGGAUUUGUAUGACCCAGAUGAGAGCCGGGGGGUGAAAGAUCAGUCGCUGUUGAAUUACCAGUUUGCUAAGGAUGUUUCCAGGAUCCUCCGCGAGACGCACCCGGCUGCUGGCUAUGGCACAUGGCUUUCGGGAGAAACAAGGUCUACAGCUACUACACUGUAUAUUCAGCAUUCACCGCGAGAGCAGCCCAGCGAAAUAACCAUUGCUAUCAUCUAA